CAAAAGGCAUUGCAGUUUAGUCCCGCGUAACACUUCCAGUCUCCCACUGCUGGUAAACCCUUCUCUCUCUCUCUCUCUCUCUCUCUCUCUCUCUUCUUCCCGACGCACUUCACCAACCAUUCGCCUAGCUCUGGUAUUGGCUUCUUCAUCGUUGGCUUGUAACAUGGCCAAUAGGCACACCAUUAUCCUGAUGCAGACUUCUCAAAACAGAGCAACUAGAACAUUUAUGGAUUAUGAUUCAAUAAGUCAGGCAAUGGACGGUAUUUGUGGACUUUAUGAAAGGAAACUUAAGGAGCUAAAUCCAGCCAUGAGAAACAUUACUUAUGAUAUUGCAGAUCUCUACAAUUUCAUGGAUGGCCUUGCAGACUUGAGUGCACUAGUUUACGACCACUCGAUUCAAGCUUACCUACCCUACGACCGUCAGUGGAUUAAGCAGCGGACAUUCCGACACCUAGAGAAAUUGGCACAUUGAUAUGUUACAAACCCUUGAUGUAUCUAACUAUUUCUACAAGAAUCUUUCGAUGGCUUUUACAGUAUUACAGGAGAGGAAACUGGUAUGAACUGCGAUGUUGGCGUCAUGUAUGGCAUCCAUCUGCUGCUCUGUAGGCUGUCUGUUAUUAGUGCGAAAUUGUUUCGCUCCUAUGCAUAUGUACACUGCAAUAGCGGUGUGUUGUUGGAAGAAGUCAAGCUAUUGUUGCUAAAUCAGGGUAUUGUAUAAUUUCACACUUGUAUUGGAAUCCUGGCCUUAUUGUUUACUUAGGAUGAUUGUAUGUACCUCUUAUGAAACCGAGUUUGGAUGGUUAUUAUCUGAAGAAGGCUUCUGCGUCGAAUUUGAACCCUUCA